AUGUACAUGAUAGUCGGAAGCCUUGUUUUUGUGGUUCAUAUCGCUGCCAAUGAAUUGUUGUUCCAGCCGAAAAGUUACAUGUAUGGAGACAACAUGACCCACACAGCUUACAGUUGUGUCUUUGGAAGCAGCUUCAGAUCCAUAGCUACCAGCCAGACUGAUUGCUGCCUCACAUGCCUCACUAACUCAAGGAUGAAUUGUUUGGCAGGAAAUUAUUAUCCGGCAGAUGGCUGGUGUGACAUUUUUGAAGUCUGGAGUGAAACAGGUGCAACGAUUUCUCAACCUUGCUUCAGUUUCAAAAUAAUUGACAUCUGCCCGCCCGGAGCCAAGUACCUAUCACUUUUCAAAUCGUGCGUGAUUCUGUUGAGGUCUGGAAAUCAAAUUUUUCACACGUGGAAAGCAGGAUCAACUGGCUGUAGGAAUUUGGGACCAAACUUCCGCAUGGCAGUUUUGGAUACUCUGAAGAAAUGUGCCAGUGUUUUAACUUUUGUGAAGAGCCAGGAAUCUUCUUGCAGUGCGUCUAGCGACCAAUGUGUAUCAUGGACCGGUGGAUCGAGAUUUAACAGGUCAUCAGCGUAUGGAGAUUUCUACUGGAUUCUUCCUGAUAGCUCCAUCAAGUUGGAUCCAGCAAUUUUACAACCUCCAAGUUCAUCAACUGGAAGCUGUCUUGUCCUAACUUCAAAACCAAAUAGUAAUUUCAUUUGCUGUUUUUGA